AUGGAAUUGAAGUUGGUUGUACCAUCUUCUCGCAAGCUUUGCAGUGAUCCAGAUACUUCUACCCUUAAAAAAACUGACGAUAGAUAUAGUGCCAGGCCACGCAAGUUUGAGUUGCCUAAAGAGGUUCUAAUGCUCAGACUGAAGCAUGAUGUCAAGAUCUUGGAAAUUGCACUGCGCGUGUACGCUAACUCUUUGAUUAGGUGGUGUGAUGCUGACCUAGAAUUUGUGGAAUUGAAAGAAAGGAGUGUUUUUUUCGAAUGUGGUGGACCUUGGAACGAAUUCAUACACUUCAACUUUUUGGUGAAAUGUUCAGAUGGCACUACUAAUUUGUUCUUUGUUGAGGCACAUCCCAACUGCAAACGGGAGGGCGGCAUUUUUCUGUGCUGCCCUUUGGAAGAGAAUGACACUGGUAGCAUAAUAUAUAAUUUAUCGCUUUUUUGUGAAAACAUGGCAGGAUAAUUAUAGUCUCUUCCUUUUCUUUUCUUAGAAUAUGCACUAAUUGUUUCUU